AUGAUAAGGUUAAUGAAGAAGUAUGGCAUCAUCCAUAAGGUGGCCACGGCCUAUCACCCCCAAACGAAUGGCCAAGCUGAUGUCUCCAUCCGGGAGAUCAAGCGCAUAUUGGAGAAAAUUGUGAAGCCUCAUAUGAGAGACUGGAGUACUAAGCUCACUAAUGCGUUAUGGGCCUACCGAACGACCUACAAGAUGCCAAUUGGCAUGAGCCCAUUCAGGUUGGUCUAUGGCAUGGCUUUCCAUCUACUAGUGGAGAUAGAGCACAAGGCUUAUUGGGCUGUAAGAGAAUGCAAUCCAGGAUUUUGGAGGGCCAAAAGUGAAAGGAAAUUACAGCUAGUGGAAUUAGAGUGUCUUAGAUUGGAAGCUUAUGACAAUUCAAGGCUUUACAAGGAGAAAAUGAAAGCGGUGCAUGAUAAGAAUAUCUGGAGAAGAGAAUUCAGAGCUGGAGAACUUGUCCUACUCUACAACUCUAGAUUGAGGUUGAUGCCUGAAAAACUAAGAUCAAGGUGGGAAGUGUCGUAUAGAGUAGAGAAGGCGGAGCCAUAUGGGGUUUAUCAUUUGAGACAUCCUUCAAGCCCCACAAUAUUCAAAGUUAAUGGUCAUCGUCUGAAGCUAUACCAUGGAGAGAAGAAGAAAAGUGACAAAGAGGUUGAGGUGUUCCUUUUGAAGGAUGCAACCGAUGGUGAAGAGAUAUGA